GAUCGUGCAUUAAACGUUCAACGAAUCGUGAUACUGUACGAUUAUGUUCCUAUAAAGAGCACAACUGUAACAUGAAUGGUAUUGAUGAUACUAUCCGUGACUAUCAAGAACGAAUCUGGAAAGGGCUUGUGAAGAGACCGCCUGAUUUGGCAAACCUUGUGGAAAAGACCAUGCAAAUUUUCAUGAAUGAAUAA